AUGUGUUGUCAGGUGUGAACAAAUUGUAUUUAAUUUUUAGAAUUAAAUGUAAACGCUAUAAAACUUAUUUAUUCACCAAGAAAACCUAUAUUUCCAUCAACAAGAUGUUGAAGUUUAGUGGGUUGAUAAUUUGGAGGUUAGGUUCACGAAAUACUGUAAGGAAAUACUCGGCUCCUGGUGUAACGAUGUUUAAAGCUGACAAAACAGAAUCUCCUACAAAUAUACCUGAUAAAAAUACACAAACACCUACGUCGGCCGGUAAAGAAACUUCAAGUUUAGUUGCAGCAGCCUUUGCAUCUCUCAAUGCCCCUGAAGGUGAAAUCAAACAGAAGCCAAGCACAAAGUCAAUAAAGCAGAACCGCACCCAACAGCUUGACAGCCAAAUCUUGGGUGCCACUGAUGUCAACAGUCUGUUAGUUGUUGCUGAGAACCCUGUUGUGUCUAGGAGACAUGCCCUGAAGAUGGUGUCAGUGCUAUCAGAAUGGUCCAGCAACAACCGCGUGAAGCUAUCCGAAUUUGAGAAGGACGCUCGCUUCCUCAAGCUGUGCCGCAUUCUGGGCCGUACGCCCGCUUCCCAGGCCAUGACGUCACUAACCAUGGCCGAAGACCUGAGUACGGUGCUGGGGAUCACAGGGGAUGAUGAAGCGGCGAGGCUCAUUGCUAAUCUAUCCUUGCCACAGAUGAUCAAGGUAAUGAAGGCUUUGCAACAGAAAGGCCGCCGCAGCACGCCCCUGCUCCGCGCGCUGUCGUACAACAUAACGAAGCAGUCAGAGCCUAUCGACCUUAAGAAGUCGGCUGACCUCUUGUUCUCGAUGGCCUCUCUCAACUUUCCCGACCCCGUGCUGCUAGAUAGGAUAUGCAGCGAUGUAAUUGAGAACCUACCUUCAAACGCGGACAAGCCCGCAGUAGUGAGCUCUAUACUAGUGUCGCUAGGGCUACUCAAGUACCGGCACGAGGCGGCGCUCACUGCGCUCGCGGACUGGACGCAGGCGCGGCGAGCCGUGUGUCGGCCGGCGGACAUCGCCGCCGCUGUAGUCACUCUCGCCACUGUGGACUAUCUGCCCGUGCAGUCGGACGCGCUGAUAGAGACAGCCCUAUCACUAAAAGAAGAGGAAAUGGCCAAAGCUUCGUCCUGGCUGGAUCUAGUGUUUUCUCUGUUAAUACUGGAGAAGGCAGAAAAACACCACCUCACUUCCACACUGAAGCCGGAAUUCAUUGACAAACUGCUCUCUGCUGGCGAAAUACCAAUCCCGUCCCGACGUAAACUGAUGACAAUAGACGCGUACGUAGGGCUCAAAUUCCCUUCCACGUCGCCGCGGCUCGCCGAAGACAUAUCAGUGGGAGUGCCAAUCGUGUAUACAAAGGAAAAAGCGCUCUAUGUACAGAGCAUUAUGGAUACAUUCAAGAGCUUAGUCUCUGCUGAAACGUUUCUGAGGCGAGAGUGUCAGUCUGGCAUGGGAUUUAUUUAUGAUGCUGAAUUUGCUGUCGAUUCAAAAUGUCAUCCGGUGCCUUUAGAAAAAGCAGCUAGCAGAAAAGAUGUGCACAGGAUAGCAGUAUUAGGCCUGGACUACCACGACCUCACCAGGAAGGUGCAGCUUCCGCUAGGAGUCAACACAUUGUACAGCAGGCUAUUGGGACUCAAGGGCUUCAAAGUAUUAGAGAUUCCCUACACGGAGUUCAAUCCUAAGGACAAACUAGUGACUAGAGUGCAGUACAUCGAGAAACGGCUAAAGGAGUUAGUCAGUCAGUCAAAUACAUCGCGUACGAGUUAGGUAUUAAAUUAAGGCUGACAGACACAUAAAGUGCGACGGAAGCCGGCGCUGCCGUCGUACGUUGUUUCAGGCCCUAGUGUAUAUUUUCUAGUAAAAAGAAGGUAUUUGGUGACAUGAAGAUGGGAAUGCUUCGUGGAAUGAUAUCCCUAAAUCCGAUUUUUUUAAUGAAUAAAUGCCUAUCGCAUGGAGAAAUGCAUAUUGUUACUUAAUUAGGUCCAUAUUACGGUGAUAUUUAUUUACAAAAACUUAACUUGCUAUAAUCCGGUAAACCAAAAAAUUCUGUUGACCAAAUACCUCAUAGUCAGGGUUGGAAAAAAACAGUU